AUGUUUACAACGCAAGAUUUAAUCUCUCGCAAGGACAGUAUAGGCGAUGCUUGGAGAAUUGGUAUGUCCGAAGAUACAAAGAACAAGGAUAAGAUCAUGGGAGCUGAUAUUACUAUGAUUGCCAAUGAAAUUAUCAACAAUGAAGGAAAAAUUCCACUUAGACUUAGUACGAUGAUCAUGAAAGGCACUGUAAUCAUUUAUAACAAGAAAACUGGCUUCGUUUACGGGGAUUGCAAGGAUAUUCUCUCUAGAAUUUCGUUAAAAUACGAUUCUCAUCAAGAAGAUAAGGAAGAGACUACAAACAACAGCAAAUCCCAGAGGGACAAGACCAAUAAAAACGUUAUUGAUGACGAAACCUUACUUUUAUGGGAACAAGCCACAACAAAUAAUAUUAUUCUUCAAAACAUCGAAGAAGAAGCUCCAGAAGACUCCACACCCCAUGAAAUCAAUGUUACUGCCUCCCAGAACCCAACAUUACUCGGUCUUUCUGUUCAUGAAAGUCAUUCAAAUGAAUCUGCAAAUUAUGGACUUGAACUCGAGGAAAACAUUGACCUUGGAAUCAAUAUAUCUGAUUCAGAUGAUGUUGAUUCAGUUUUGCCUCAAGAAAUUUCUGAUCAUGAAGAAAAUCAGAAUUUAUCAAAGAUGAAAGGAGAAUCAUCUUUCGAUGCAGUUCCAAGAAUAAGCAUUGCGGAGUUCUGGGAUAGUUAUGGAGUAAAUAACCAAACAAGAAGACCAAGAAACCAAAUUUCUCCAAAUUUCAACGGUUUGCCAGUAAUUGCUGAACCAUUAUCAGAGAUGUUCAUUUAUAUCAAGGAGAAUGUGAAUAUUGUUGACGAAAUUCCUGAAAACAACGAAAUUCAAAACCAGAUUUCUGAUUUUGAAGGAAUUCCAGACAACGAUGAUGACAUUCCACAGGAAAUGAACAAUGAACAAGCUGACAUAAUUCAAAACGAAGAAGAUAGUGGAGUGAAAGAAGAAACAGCAGAAAUGUUGCUGAAGUUAAUCAAAAAAUCAAAGAAAGAAAAUAAUUUCUUUGAUGAACUGACAGAAGAGAUGUCAGUUGAAGAAAAAGCUUCAUGUUUCUAUGCAGCUCUUUCUCUCUUCACGAAAGGUGUCAUCAAGAUGGAACAAGACAGUCCACAAGACAGAAUUUCAAUUUCCACCCCAUAA